AUGGAACAAAAAAUUAAGUUAAUUUUUUUAUUAAAAUUUUUUUAUUUGUAUUUUCAUCUUGGAUAUGCCAUCUUAACAAGAGGGUUUGAAAGAUUUUUUAAUGAGAAGUACAUGAUUUAUAGAAAAUUACGUACAGGAACUUAUCGAUUUUUAGCAAAUUGUAAGAACAAUAUAGAAAAAAGUAUUACAGUGUUAAAAGAAGAUGUAACAAAUUAUGGAAUAAAAGAAAAAAAAUAUAUCUACAAUACUCAAAACAAAAACAACGCAAAGAAUAAAUAUUCACAUGGAUUGUUAUCAGAACAUGCAUCGGGUCGUAGAAAAGCUAUGAAAAAUAAGUCUUGUAUAUUUGAAACAAAAAAAUAUUCACGUCUUGAAAAAAAAAUAUUCAAAGAAAUUGAUUAUCAGAAUUUUCUUGAGAAAAACAAGAUAAUUAGUGAUAAGUUGUACAAAACAAUAAUACGUAAAAAAUACGGAUUACGAUUUGUUAUACCUUUAUUAUUGUUUUUGUUUUUGUCAUUAGGGCUCAUAUUAGAUUUAUCUGUUGGUUAUGGGUUAUUACGUGGGUUUUAUUAUAUAAUGAGUCUUACAUGUUCAAACAAUUGGGCAAAAAAUUUACGGAAUUUAUUGCAGAAUAAAUCUGUUUCUUUUUUUUUCAAGCCUAUGGAACAAAUAGUUAAAAAUAAUAAAAAAUAUUAUAUUUAUACACCAGGUUUUUUUGGUACGCUAAUAUAUUUCACAUCCUUUUUUAUUCUUGGAGUUACAAUUAUAUCAGGUAUUAUUUAUUACCAUAAAAAAGUUAAAAAAUAUGAAAAAAUUAAAUUCAAGAAUAGGUAA